UGGUAUGAUAUUUUCGAUAUAAAAGCAGCAGAAGCUCAUGUUUCAUUCAUUGUAGAUUUCUUUACGGUUGAUACUGAGAUAAAGAUGUUGAGGUUCGCUGUAGCAUCGUGUCUGAUAGCCCUUGUACUCGCGGCGGGCGAGCCGUGCAAGUCCGAUACGGACUGUGCAGGAACAACGUGUCACCAUGGUUCCCCGCACUGCGAGAUUCACGACCCGACUGCUGCUCAAGGACACUGCAACUGCCACGCCGCCCUCGUUCGCGCUCAGGAGAUAUGCAGCGUAGACGCUGACUGUGCCAACCACACGUGUCACCAUGGUUCCCCGCACUGCGAGAUUCACGACCCCAAUGGCGCCCAUGGACAUUGCAACUGCCACGCCGCUGUCGUUCGCGCUGCGGAGACGUGCACCACAAAUGUUGACUGUGCGAAUCACACAUGUCACCACGGGGCACCACAUUGCGAGAUACACGACGGGAAAGGUGGACACUGCAACUGUCAUCAGCCAGCUAAGCGUGCCGGCCAGCCAUGCAAGACUGACGACGACUGUGCGGGAAACACUUGUCAUCAUGGUGCUCCACACUGCGAGAUCCAUGACCCCAGUGCUGAACACGGACACUGCAACUGCCAUGCCGCUGUUGUUCGCGCUCAGGAGACGUGCAGCGUAGACGCUGACUGUGCCAACCACACGUGUCACCAUGGUUCCCCGCACUGUGAGAUUCACGACCCCAAUGGCGCUCAUGGACAUUGCAACUGCCACGCUGCUCUCAUUCGCGCUCAGGAGACAUGCAGCGUAGACGCUGACUGUGGCAACCACACGUGUCACCAUGGUUCCCCGCACUGCGAGAUUCACGACCCCAAUGGCGCUCAUGGACAUUGCAACUGCCACGCUGCUCUCAUUCGCGCUGCUGAGACGUGCACCACAAAUGUUGACUGUGCGAAUCACACAUGUCACCACGGGGCUCCGCAUUGCGAGAUACACGACGGGAAAAAUGGACACUGCAACUGUCAUCAGGCAGCUAAGCGUGCCGGCCAGCCAUGCAAGACUGACGACGACUGUGCGGGAAACACUUGUCAUCAUGGUGCUCCACACUGCGAGGUCCAUGACCCCAGUGCUGAACACGGACACUGCAACUGCCAUGCCGCUGUUGUUCGCGCUCAGGAGACGUGCAGCGUAGACGCUGACUGUGCCAACCACACGUGUCACCAUGGUUCCCCGCACUGUGAGAUUCACGACCCCAAUGGCGCUCAUGGACAUUGCAACUGCCACGCUGCUCUCAUUCGCGCUCAGGAGACAUGCAGCGUAGACGCUGACUGUGCCAACCACACGUGUCACCAUGGUUCCCCGCACUGCGAGAUUCACGACCCCAAUGGCGCUCAUGGACAUUGCAACUGCCACGCUGCUCUCAUUCGCGCUGCUGAGACGUGCACCACAAAUGUUGACUGUGCGAAUCACACAUGUCACCACGGGGCUCCGCAUUGCGAGAUACACGACGGGAAAAAUGGACACUGCAACUGUCAUCAGGCAGCUAAGCGUGCCGGCCAGCCAUGCAAGACUGACGACGACUGUGCGGGAAACACUUGUCAUCAUGGUGCUCCACACUGCGAGGUCCAUGACCCCAGUGCUGAACACGGACACUGCAACUGCCAUGCCGCUGUUGUUCGCGCUCAGGAGACGUGCAGCGUAGACGCUGACUGUGCCAACCACACGUGUCACCAUGGUUCCCCGCACUGUGAGAUUCACGACCCCAAUGGCGCUCAUGGACAUUGCAACUGCCACGCUGCUCUCAUUCGCGCUCAGGAGACAUGCAGCGUAGACGCUGACUGUGCCAACCACACGUGUCACCAUGGUUCCCCGCACUGCGAGAUUCACGACCCCAAUGGCGCUCAUGGACAUUGCAACUGCCACGCUGCUCUCAUUCGCGCUGCUGAGACGUGCACCACAAAUGUUGACUGUGCGAAUCACACAUGUCACCACGGGGCUCCGCAUUGCGAGAUACACGACGGGAAAAAUGGACACUGCAACUGUCAUCAGGCAGCUAAGCGUGCCGGCCAGCCAUGCAAGACUGACGACGACUGUGCGGGAAACACUUGUCAUCAUGGUGCUCCACACUGCGAGAUCCAUGACCCCAGUGCUGAACACGGACACUGCAACUGCCAUGCCGCUGUUGUUCGCGCUCAGGAGACGUGCAGCGUAGACGCUGACUGUUCCAACCACACGUGUCACCAUGGUUCCCCGCACUGUGAGAUUCACGACCCCAAUGGCGCUCAUGGACAUUGCAACUGCCACGCUGCUCUCAUUCGCGCUGCUGAGACGUGCACCACAAAUGUUGACUGUGCGAAUCACACAUGUCACCACGGGGCUCCGCAUUGCGAGAUACACGACGGGAAAAAUGGACACUGCAACUGUCAUCAGGCAGCUAAGCGUGCCGGCCAGCCAUGCAAGACUGACGACGACUGUGCGGGAAACACUUGUCAUCAUGGUGCUCCACACUGCGAGAUCCAUGACCCCAGUGCUGAACACGGACACUGCAACUGCCAUGCCGCUGUUGUUCGCGCUCAGGAGACGUGCAGUGUAGACGUUGACUGUGCCAACCACACGUGUCACCAUGGUUCCCCGCACUGCGAGAUUCACGACCCCAAUGGUGCCCAUGGACAUUGCAACUGCCACGCCGCUUUCAUUCGCGCUCAGGAGACGUGCACCGCAGAUGUUGACUGUGCGAACCACACGUGUCACCACGGAGCACCGCACUGCCAGUUACACGACGGGAAAGAUGGACACUGCAACUGUCAUCAGCCAGCUAAGCGUGCCGGCGAGCCAUGCAAGACUGACGACGACUGUGCGGGAAACACUUGUCAUCAUGGUGCUCCACAUUGCGAGAUCCAUGACCCCAGUGCUGCACAUGGUCACUGUAAUUGCCACGCGAAUUUCAAGCGCGCUGGUCAGCCAUAAACGAACAAUGCGACUGUGCCGGUAUCAAGUGUCAUCAUGGCUUCCCGCACGGCGAGAUCCACGAUCCUUCCAACUUUAACUGACACCUUAACUGCCGCAUAUUCUUUGUUUUAUAAGAAAAUAAAUAUAAAAACUG